AUGAAUAAUACAGUUAUCCUUGAAUGUACUGGCUUGGGUAUACAAAAUACAAGAAGAAGAGAUAUUAAAAAAAUAAUUGAACAACGUGAAAAGAUGGAAUUUGAUCCAUUUAAAGCUGGUUUUGAUCAUAAAAAUUCACUAAGUACAAUUGAUGUAACAGCUGUCAGAUUUUGUUUUCAUGUGAUAUUAAUAAAUGAUGAUGAAGGAAAAACAAUUGUACUUGAUCCAAUUGUCACUCAUGUGAUGAGUAGUAUUCUUACAAAUAAUUUGCGAAUUUAUAGAUUGAAUCGUUGCUCAGCUCCAGCAAAUGGUGGAACAGAAAUAACAUUAUUAUGUGAUAAAGUAUCAAAAAAAGAUAUAAAAGUAUUGCUUUAUCAAAAAGAUGAUAAUAAUAAAAUAAUAUGGAAACGUUAUGCUGAUAUUAUUGGUGUUCAUAGACAAAUUGGAAUAACAAUUAAAACACCAAAAUAUAAUAGACAAUCGACUGAGAUAAUUAAAGGAUUUAUUCAGCUUGUUAAACCAUCAGAUGUCAUAAAAGAAAAUGUAAAUUUUUAG